CUAUAUUCUGUAUUCUACAUUCUUUAUUAGUUGGGCCCACUGUACGUAAUAUACACUGUCUAAUUGGACCUCCCUCUUGCCCGAUUCACCGGCGGAUUUAAGGCGCGGAAGUGUAAUCUCAUCCAUUCCGACUUGCGGCUUUUGGAAGUGCGAUCAUUCAAGUGUGACUUUAGCUGAAAUUUAGUUCACAGCGCAAUUGGGCAGAAUCGAAAAAAGAGGUUGAUUGCCGAUUUGGGCAAUUGGGUGUGUCUACAAUUGAUAGAACAAACGUACUGUGCGGUUCAUAGUUUUAUGCUGCUAUUCAAUAGUUUUGUUAACCUAACGAUGAAGGUCAAACCGGGUUACUAUUUCAAAACUGGAUUAAUUGUAAAUAUUUCAAAACACGUAUGGAAAGUUUCGCCGUACUUAAUAUCAUUAAAACCAUUUUAGUUUGCUUGUGAAAUCAAUAAGUAACCCACUGUAGGUGCUCAUUUGAUUGAAAAUGAUUCUGCUACUUUCCCGCACCAAUGAAUAUCUCGUGAAAAUCAAAGCAAAUCUCUUAAUUAGACAGUAUAUGCCCAAAAUAGAAAUCUCGAUCAUUUCCAGUUUCGUACAGGGGAGAAAUGUCAUUAAUUAAUAGUAGAUUCUUAGCAGUCAGAACAAAGUGCAACGCAACAUCAAACCUUGUUGCAAUUGUCCGUCUAUUUUCCACUAUUUAUUGCCGAUUUAAGUCAUAAGCCGGGCCAAAUAAUGCAAACCGGUUAUAGAAUCGGAUUAAGCGCGCUAGCCAAGAUCGCUAGAUACUAGUGUAGAGAUAUCUUGAUGGCCGGAGGUGGAGAGCCACUUCGUGACUGGAGCCCGCUUGGAAUGGUCCGAUCAAGUUGGUCGAAAGUGAGAGUACUCCCGUUGCUGUGGUUCCUGUUCCACGGGAUUCCCCCGCUGCUGACCAUUCGCCUGCAGCCCUGCGAACUAGCUGGCCAACUUUACAUACUGGAUGUCCCGAAAUCUGAGUUACCCUUGUGGCUUUGUAUUGCCGAAUUUGAGAGCCGCUUCAACACGCACGUUGUGGGCCAGGCCAAUGCGGAUGGCUCCCGGGACUACGGAGUGUUCCAGAUCAGCGAUCGCUACUGGUGUGCGCCGCCGAAUCGUACGGAGUACUAUGCAUUCAACGAUUGCAACGUGAAUUGCACUAGCCUUCUGAGCGACGACAUCACCAUGGCCGUCCAGUGCGCUCGGCUCAUCCAGAAGCAACAGGGCUGGACGGCCUGGUCCGUCUACCCGGAGUUUUGCAAUGGCACAUUGGAUGCCAUCGAUGAGUGUUUCCAGCCAGGGAAUGCCACUGAUUUGAAGGCCAGCGACGAGCUGGCGGAGUUCAAAGAUUCUUAGAGAUUGUCUGCCCAUUAGGUCAUCACUGCCGAAAUAUGAAAAUUUAUGUAUGCGAAAUUAAAAUCUUAAUUACCGUUUAAA